AAAGGUGGUUCAUCGCGGUUGCGACACAGUCCUCGCACGGACAUCAUUCGUCGCCGUUGUUCCGAGUGACAUUGCUACGAUGAUCGCGUACGGAAUAGUGGUUCUGGUUGCGGCAUUUUGCAACGUAAACGGCGAAGAUGCGUAUUUGCCAUCCUACAUCAAACAAUGCAACUACAACGACCCCGAGUUCGCGGCGUGCGUGAAGCAGCAGGUGGUGCUGUCGCUGCCGCAGUUCACCAAGGGCAUCCCGGAGCUGGGCGUGCCCUCGAUAGACCCCAUCAGCCUGGACGACAUCAUCAUAGAUGGCAACGGGCUGCAGCUGUCCUUGAGGAAGGCGCAGAUGCAUGGUCUUAGCACCGUCCAUGUAACAGAACUCAAGGUAAACUUGAAAGACGAGAGUUUCACCCUGAAAUUUAUUGCCAAUAUGAGUGUCUCCGGUGUAUACAACAUCGAUGGCCGUAUCCUAGUACUGCCCAUAAAGGGAGAUGGAGAUUGCUUGAUUUUAGCCGAUAACACUGAAGUAGAAAUAAGUAGCAAAUUGACUCCAGUAAAAGGCAAGGACGGGGCACACUUGAAGCUAGUCACCCCGAACUACAAGUACCAGAUAGAGAAGACCACCUUCCAGUUCAAGAACCUGUUCAACGGCAACAAGGAAUUAUCGGACUCCAUGCAUCAGUUUGCUAACGCGAACUGGAAGCAGCUCAUGGACGACCUGGCGCCGCCGGUGAUCAAGCAGAUCGUGCGCACGGGCGUCAAGGCCAUCAACAAAUUCUUCAACAAAGUCACCGCUCAACAACUCAUUAAAGACUAUCCGCAUGAUUAAAUGAUUAGAGGUUAUGAAAAGGAGGAUCAGUCAGAUCUUUCGUCAGAUUUGCAGUUACAUUUGUUGACGAUACUGACAAACAUGAUACGUAGAGUAUUAGAAAAAGGUACCUUAUUAUGGCGGUUGACGCUUAUGUACUAUCAAUACAAUUUUACAUUAGCAAUAGACAUAUGUAGGAAUUGCGUACCUAUUAAUAACAAGGGUUCUAGCCUUUAAUAUUCUUAGUAUUAACUAUAGGUGCUGUAGGUACCGCAAUGUGCAAGGAAAGGAAUUGAAGGGAUACCUAUUUUUUUCCUAAAUUAUAAUUAAUUAUUGUCGAAUGUACAAGUUAUCUGGUUUGCCCGAAGGUUGACUGGUAAAGAAGUCCGCCUUUUGUACGAAUGUAUUUUCUUUUGUACAAUAAAAAUUAAAUAAAUUAAUAAUGUAGGUAGCUUUAAGCGUUGUUUGGUUCCAAUGUUGAUAUCGAUGUCCUAUUAUUUCAUUUAAGGGAAAAUAUUAUAGUCGCACCAUUAAAAGUCUGCAGCGGAUUUGAUAGCACACGCAAUGUAAGUGUUAUUUUACGUCAUAAUUUCAUAGAAAUUUGACGUUUAAAAUGACACUUGCUCUGCGGGGGCUAUCAAAAUCGCUGCAGACUUUUUACGGUCUAACUCUAGCAAAGGAAUGAGCUUUUCAAAAAGAUUGUGUUGGUGAUAUUAUUUUGUAUUUAAUGUAGAUAUUAUACGAGUAUGUAUGUAAAUACUUACUUAUAACUAAAUACGUGUAUGUCUUUCAACCCUUAAAAAUAUUAAAUAAUUGAUAAAAUGGCCAUAUACACUAAACUAAGUAGUUUGUUUUCGCAAUUUACUCCAAAUCACGAAUUAUACAAUAUGUAAAUACGUGCACUACUUAUGUUCUUUGCGAGGUAAUUGUAGGCAAUUCUAAAUUCUCCAGCACACUGCUGUUCGAGGACCCACCGCUGCUAGUGGUCGACACAGUACGCCGGCUGAACCCGACUGUCGGGUCCGUAGAUCUGUUGGACCUCUUGGGGGGGAAUAAGGUGUGCCGUUUGUACCACACGACCCCCCCUAAUGCGGCGAGCAUAGCUGCUAGGCCGAACACCAUGCCCGCUAUGCCGGCUUGAGAGAGGGUCCGAGCGUGCGCUGAAUCUGGUAAACAAAGGUAAAGAAAAGUCAGAAACCGGCCAAGAGCACUGAGAGAAAAGUAUGACAAAAACACACUUAGAAUUACAAAAAUAAACUUAAUCCGGGGACAAGGAGAGCCAACUAAUAGGAACAAAUUGACUUUUGCAAUUUCUAUUAGUUCUUGCAAUUUCUAUUAUAUAUCUGUUUGUUGAAAUUAGAUUUAGGAUUACUGAGCUGUUUGUAGAAAUAAAUAAACUUUACAGAAAUA